GAUUCCCCCAAUUUCAAGAUAUAAAUACUCGGCUCUGGGCUGACCCGAGAUUACAUCUACAGCAAAGAAAGGAAAGCUACAGCCUAACUUAAUCUGUUUCUUGCAGUGAUUUAUUCAGCCCAUCCAACGAAAGAAUGUCUCUUUUAUGGCUAUUAAUGCUACCAGCAGCAGCCUUUGCAUUUAAUGUGGAAAUACAUCCAAAAAGUGCACUUUUCAGAGCCGGGGAUACGCAGGAGUUGAGAUGCAUGGCAACGGAUUGCAACAAUCAGGUUACGAUCUCGUGGAAUUCGCUGGAGGAUAAGCCAAUGUUUGCUCAAAUACACACAGACGGGCCCGAAUCAGUGGCAGUUUUUGAUCCUGUGACGAAGGAUAACGAAGCCGCACUUCUCUGCCGAGUCGAUUGUGGAGGAGUCUUCAAACGGCAACGAGCAGUCGUCAAAGUGUAUUCAUUUCCCGAGGCCCCUGUCGUAUCAGGCCACGAUCGACUAAUCUCGGGCGAAGUCAACAUUCUCACAUGUCAGGUGACUAAUUUCUAUCCUCUGGAGUACCUGUUGAUUGAGUGGCGGCGAGGAGACCACGUGCUCCAAACAGCCUCGGAGUCCACGCUUUCCACCUAUGCGUUCACACCCACCCGAGACGACGUGAACGGCAGUAUUUCAUGCAGAGCCACUCACGGCAUGGAUGGAGUGCCCGACGCUGAGAAGACCAAGGAAACCACUGUGCCCCUCACCGUGCUUUAUGUGCCACAGAUUAUUUCAAUCUCUCAGCCGACUACGGUGAGGGUUGGCACCGGGCUCACAUUAUGGUGCCUUGCGGAAGGAUACCCCAGGCCGGAGAUACGUUGGAAGGCCGUGGGUCCAGGGGGACAGUUUGUCAUAGUGGGCCAGAGUGAAGAGCUGGCCCUUAAAGAUGUAAACAUGAUGCAUUCUGGCCUAUAUGGGUGCGUGGCCAGUAACUCUGUUGGAAACGCCACGGCCAGUGUGAAAGUCACUGUUCUAGCCAACACCACCAUCUCAGUGAGCCCGCGCAGCAAGGUGAAGGAAGGGGACAGCGUGACGGUGUCCUGCCAGUCGGACAUCGCUCCGGUGGGACGGAUGGUGCUGAAGCGACUCUCUAACGGCCAGGGUGUAGAACUCCAGUCCAGUGACGGCUCUUCCACCUCCUUCGCUAUUUCCUCCGCCCUGGCAAAUGAUUCUGCCGUCUACGAGUGUGAGGCCUCCAAUGAGUACGGCAGCCAGAAGGUCAGAACACUGCUCUCCGUUGAAGUGUACCCACUGGAGGUAAAGAUGGACCCGGCUGUGACGGUUGAGGUUGGAUCCAUUCUGGUGCUCUCCUGCCAGGCUUUGGGUUGUCCCCAGCCAGCUUUCUCCUGGAAGAGCGUCCUGCCCGUCGACUGUAACGUACUCACCCAGGACUCUCUGUCCCAGCUCCACUUGGCCCCAGUCGGUCUGGCCAACGAGCAAACCUACACCUGUGAGGCCAAGUGUGGCUCCGUAGUCAAGGCCAAGCAUAUUGAAGUCCGUGUCUUCUCUUUCCCCUCAGACCCAGUCAUCCUGAACCCUGGCCCCUUUCUGGAGGACCGCGUGGCCAACCUGUAUUGUUCCAUCGCUGACGUCUACCCAUCCAGGCACCUGCGCGUACAGUGGCUGGACGGUGACAAAGAGCUGCCCUCCGACGCGGUUAAGAACUCCAGCGGGCUCCUAAACUGGACGUCACAGCUGUCUCUCAUGGUUGGACCGGAGCACCAAGGCAGGAGGAUUGCCUGCAGGGUCAGUCUACAGACUGACGGAGUCCCGCUGGGUCGGAGAGAGAGGCAGGCACUGACCGAACUGGAGAUCCACUACGCUCCCAGGGGAACCACCAUCUCAGUGAGCCCGGCCAAUGAGGUGAAGGAAGGGGACAGCGUGACGGUGUCCUGCCAGUCGGACGGCGCUCCGGUGGGACGGAUGGUGCUGAGGCGAAUCUCUAACGGCCAGGGUGUAGAACUCCAGUCCAGUGACGGCUCCUCCACCUCCUUCUCCCUCUCCUCCGCCCGGCUGGUCGAUUCUGGCGUCUACGUGUGUGAGGCCUCCAAUGAGUACGGCCACCAUGGAGCGAGAACACACUUCACAGUGAGAGCACCUCCCCGGAACAUAACCGUCCAGGUGUACCCGUCCUCGGAGGUGCAGGAGGGCCACAACGUCACGGUUUCCUGCCACUCCAACAGUUUCCCAGCCCCUGCUGUGGUUUUGAGGAAACUGGAUAACGGCAUGGAGCUCUACUCCCUGGACGGGAACUUUCUGUUGUUGAACGUGACACUCCAAGAUGCAGGCCGAUACCUGGUAAAUGUCACUAACGACCUGGGUUAUGAAACCGAGAUCUUCAGCAUCGUCGUCAUGAAGAAGCACUCCAGGUCUUCACCCGAUUUGAACCAGAUAGUUAUUCCUGCUGUCUGCUUGGGCAUCAUGUUGACCACCAGUGGCCUGGUCCUGGACUACCUGAGGAGAGCCAGGAGGAAGGGCUUCUAUGAGCUCACAAAGGUAAACCUGAGGCCCUGACUCGUGUUGCCAGUGGAAACACAGACUGCUUGGUUGUCACACUGGUGAGUGUAUUGUGUGGCCACUCAAGUGUAGGGACAUGCCAAAGGCAGUUUAAUCUGGAGUGGACUCCUUUGAUAAUUUGACAGACAAGAGGCCUGGCCAUUGUACAAUGUCCAGGUUUCUGUCAUAAGACUGAGGAUGAGGUCUGAUGACGUCUGGAUCUCCCUAGAAGAGGAAGAGAAAGAGGAAGAGGGAAGCACCAUUGGUGAUUUCCCACUGUAGAUAUGUAAUUAUGUACAGUAUAUGUGAACAAUUGACUAUGUAUUUUUCCCCCCCCCAUUAAACACAUUUAAAAAAACAAAUGUCAGUUAAGUGUAAUCCUCUAACUGCAUCUCACUAUCAUUUUCUACUUCAACAUUUAUUCACAGUGUUUGAUAAAACCAUUGAAUUCUGUUUGUCACAUAUGUUUUCAAACUAAGUCAUGUUGUCUGUAAUCCUACAA